AAAGAAAAAACGCUGGAAAAGAACAGUGUUUUUGUUACGGUGUCUGCAUCUGUAUCUGUGUCGACUUUGGCAUUUUGUUUUGGCCUCUGCUUGUUUGGUUUUUUCUUCCUUUCAUUCAUCUUUUUGCUUUGUGUUUUAGAGGGAAUUGAAAAGGUGAAUAGAAAAGAGAAAAAAGGGGUUGCCAAAAGAUAAUGGUAGUGGAAUCAAUAGUGAGGAGCAAGGCUGAGCUGAAAACCAAGGGCGAAACCACAUGGAAUUUGUGGGGAUCAACCCAAAACAUAUAGAAAUCAAACACCGGCACUCUCAGAUCUCUAGGAUCUCAGAAUUUCAGGAAAAAAAUGGCUGCUUGUUUCUCGAGAAAAUUCUCUAUUUUUUAGCUCUUUGUCCUAGCUCAUUUGGUGCUCAUUCUACUACUUACCUUUUGGUUCUUAUUGUCUCCAUCUCAGCUUCAGUCGUUUUGCAAGAUUAAAGUGUUUUUAGCAUCUGGGUAUUAAUCAAGAAGCAGUUUUGAUAUUGCUUUUGAAGUGAAAAGGUUCAAAAAAAAAAAAAAAGAAGUUCCUUUAAAGGGUAAUGGUCGGUUUAGUUUAUGUGGUUCUGAGUCUGAAAAGGACAUCUUUUGGUUGGAUAAGGCAAGGAAAGAGAAUUUAGCUUCAUUUGAAGGAUGGCUGGUCAUGGUGGUGUUGAUCAGAGGAUAUUGGUUUUUCAGAGAAAGUAAAGUUUGAAUGAGCUGAGAGACCGUAAAGUAUGGACAGAAGGAGUUUGAUGCUGUUUAGACUGGGCUUACUGGUUUUGGCAUUGAUGGGGAUUUCCUCUGCUACUCUUUCUCCUACUGGUAUAAACUUUGAAGUGGUUGCUUUAAUGGCCAUUAAAUAUAAUCUGCACGACCCAUAUAAUGUUCUGGAGAAUUGGGAUAUGAAUUCUGUCGAUCCAUGUAGUUGGAGGAUGGUUACUUGCUCUACAGAUGGCUAUGUUUCUGCUUUGGGACUUCCCAGUCAGAGCUUAUCUGGGACCUUAUCUCCAUCGAUUGGAAACCUUAGCAACUUGCAGUCAGUGUUGCUUCAAAAUAAUGCUAUUUCAGGUCCAAUUCCAUCUACCAUUGGGAAGUUAGAGAAGCUUGAGACCCUUGAUCUCUCCAACAAUACUUUCAGGGGUGAAAUACCCACUUCCUUGGGAGACCUAAAAAGCCUAAACUAUUUGCGGUUAAACAACAAUAGCCUUACUGGAGCCUGCCCAGAUUCUUUGUCAAACAUUGGAGGUCUCACUCUUGUGGACUUGUCUUAUAAUAAUCUGAGUGGUUCCCUGCCAAAAAUAUCAGCAAGGACAUUCAAAGUUAUUGGCAACCCUUUAAUUUGUGGACCUAAAGCUGGCAAUAACUGUUCUGCUGUCUUUCCAGAGCCUCUUUCUCUCCCACCAGAUGGUCUAAAAGCUCAAUCGGACUAUGGAUCAAAAGGUCAUCGUGUAGCUGUUGCUUUUGGUGCAAGCUUUGGUGCUGCUUUUUUCAUCAUACUAUUUAUAGGAUUACUUGUUUGGUGGCGCUAUAGACACAACCAGCAGAUUUUCUUUGAUGUCAAUGAACAAUAUGACCCGGAAGUAUGCUUGGGCCAUUUGAAAAGGUAUACAUUUAAAGAACUUAGGGCUGCUACUGACCAUUUCAACUCCAAGAACAUUCUAGGGAGAGGUGGAUUUGGGAUAGUGUACAAGGGAUGCUUGAAUGAUGGGACUUUGGUGGCUGUUAAAAGGCUGAAGGACUAUAACAUAGCUGGUGGAGAAAUCCAAUUUCAGACAGAAGUAGAGACAAUAAGUUUAGCUGUCCAUCGCAAUCUACUCAGGCUUUCUGGAUUCUGCACAACUGAGAAUGAAAGGCUCCUGGUUUACCCCUAUAUGCCAAAUGGAAGUGUAGCUUCUAGACUAAGAGAUCACAUACAUGGUCGGCCAGCUUUAGACUGGGCAAGGCGGAAGAGGAUAGCCUUAGGUACAGCCAGGGGGCUUGUUUAUUUGCAUGAACAGUGUGACCCGAAAAUUAUUCACCGUGAUGUCAAAGCUGCCAACAUUUUGUUGGAUGAAGACUUUGAGGCAGUUGUUGGAGAUUUUGGGUUGGCAAAGCUUUUAGACCACCGAGAUUCUCAUGUUACUACUGCUGUUCGUGGUACUGUUGGUCACAUUGCUCCUGAGUAUUUAUCAACAGGUCAGUCAUCAGAGAAGACAGAUGUAUUUGGGUUUGGGAUCCUGCUCCUUGAGCUAAUCACAGGUCAGAAGGCCUUGGAUUUUGGACGAGCAGCAAACCAGAAGGGCGUAAUGCUUGAUUGGGUAAAGAAGCUACAUCAGGAAGGUAAACUGAGCCUGCUGGUGGAUAAGGAUCUAAAGGGCAAUUUUGACAGAAUUGAGUUGGAAGAAAUGGUUCAAGUUGCCCUCUUAUGCACUCAAUUCAAUCCUUCACACCGUCCAAGAAUGUCUGAAGUAUUAAGGAUGCUAGAGGGUGAUGGCUUGGCCGAGAAAUGGGAGGCCUCACAGAAGGUUGAGACACCAAGGUUCCGAUCAUGUGAUAACCCUCCGCAAAGAUACUCAGAUUUUAUAGAAGAAUCUUCACUCGUGAUAGAAGCCAUGGAGCUUUCUGGUCCUAGGUGACAAAUGGUUGCCUUGAACUUUGGUGCCUAUUCAGUUGCAGAGCUUUGAAAUGCUAAAAAAUUGUGAUUGGUGUUGAUAGUUGUUGAAUGCUUGUAUUCAUCUGUAAAAAGGGAACAAAAAAAAGAAAAAAGUCAUGUAUAAGCUUCUUGUUCCUUAUUGGAAAAAUAGCUGAGUCGAUUGAGCUUCUGUCAAGAAAUUUUGGAAAAUAUGUUAGAAAUAUAUGGUAUGUAGUGUCUCCA